AUGUUCGAUUAUUGUCCGAAAAUUUUGUUAAUAUUAGCUGUUAUAUUCAAUUUAAAUUUAAAUUUUGCUCAAGCUGAUUUUGAUUUACAAAAUUUGUUUAGCAAAGCAAUAAAGACUGAUAAUGAUCGACAAGAUUUAGCAUCGAUUGAACAACGUUUACCAACAUUUCUUGAUUUUGAAAUACCAUCUCAUGAAAAUAUUUCAAAUGUAUUUUCUAAAUUUAAAAAUCUUACUCUACCGAUCGAUAUUCGAAAAGAUACAGCAUUGACACCAACCAAUGCUCAUCAUAUAUUUACUAGUAUACAAUCAAUAUGGCCCUAUAUAAAGGAUAAUGCCUGGCAAUCAAUAUUGAAAGUUUUAAAUUUACCGCAAAUUUUAGCUAGUCUUCCACCUAGUAUUAUAUCAGACAAAAUUUUAGAUAAAUUAUUAGGGUUAUCAAGCGAAGAUGAUGUUACAAAAAUAAUAGAGUCUAACAGAAAUCGUCAUGGAUACAAUGAAGAACAAAAAAGUACAUUUGUUCGAAAUUAUAUUUCUAAAAUAAAAAAUAAAUUAAAUCCAACAAAUUUUCGUCAAUUAAUAACGGAAAAACUUGGCCUAGGAUUUCUGAAGUAUUUACCAUUGGAUUUUCUGUUAAAAAAUAAUAUAUUCAAUAAUAACAAUGUUUUACGUGAUGUGGCGGCUAAUUUACCUUUAAUGUCAUCAUUACAAAAAGAUGCAAUAGCCACAAAAGUUUAUCGUGCAUUAACAGCAGAUUCAACAUCUAAUCUUGCAACAGAUGGUGCUCCAUUGAAACUUGAAUCACCUGAAUCAAUGGGUAUUCUAGCCGGUGUAUUACCAAGCUUAUCUCCACGACAAGUGAUCAAAGCUGUUGGCAAUAACGUUAUUCCCUUGCUGGCUACUCAGCAGGUACGAUCAGAUGUGUCCUGUGCAACUGCUAUGGGUCUAUUGAAUCGUACCAUAGAAGCAAAGAGAAAUAAUCGUGUAUUUAAACCAGAGGCAAAAUAUUUACAACGUUGGCAAGAAUGUUAUUCUGGCUGUGAUCUUAAUAAUUUUCUAAAUAAUAAAGAUGAUAUUAAAGAAUUAUUGAAAAAUCAUCCAAAUCCAGAAGGAUGUGAAGGCUUAGUUAAUGAAGUAAAAAAAGAAUUUGAUUUAGAAAAUAGAUUAACAGGUCCAAAACUCAAAAGUGUCUCAGAUGUUUUUGGAUCCUUGUAUCGACCUGACGAAAUUAGUGACCUAUCCGAUAACUUGAUGGCUGAAUUAGGAAAAGAUCAGGCAGUUAUUGAAAAACUUGGUCAACAAGAUUUGGAUCCACAUGAGGCUCGUACAAUAAUAAAUAAAAUUCCACGUCGUGUACAAGAAAAUUGGGAUAAAGGUAUCCUAGGUAAAUUAGGCAAUUUACUUCCCGGCUUAGAUGAAAAUAUAUUGAACUUAUUACUUCAAAAACGUGGUGAUUUACCACCGUUAUUCUCGGAACAAAUGAAACCGUUUAUAACGAAAUUAGUUCCAUCAAGAAUUCGUCGUCUAAUUGAUAAGUAUGCAACAGAAGGAAACAUUCAAACUUAUAAAAAAUUAUUAACUUCUAACUAUGCAAAAAAAUUUAUUUCGUCAGCUACACUAAUGAAAAUAUUAAAUCAAGCCCCUGAUGUUGUUCGUUUUCUUCGAUUUACACCGGCACAGGAGGAAUUAAAAUUGACACCCUCAAAAUUGAUUUCUGCUGGAGUGAUACAAAAUCGGCUGGGUAGCACAUCAAAUUUUGAUGGUAGUCUCGGCUCCUUAUCACAAAUUGGAAAUCUUCUUAACGGUUUGACGAAGAGUGACGUAGAAAAAAUAAAACCGGACGAUUCUCUGCUAGCUAUUCGAUCGGUAUUCGGCUCUAAAGAAAAUAUAAAUGUUGACAAUGCUAUGCAAUCGGGAACACGUUAUGCAUUUGGAAAUGUUUUACAAAAAGGUCUAAAAAGUCGGGAACAUAGUGACGAUCCAGAUCAAUAUAUUCAAGGUUUAUUUCGCGAAGAUGAUCUAGUUGAAGAGCUUAAUCCACAAAUAUUUGCUACAAUGACAAAUGCUGAAUUAGACGCUGUCAAUCGUUUAAAACCUGAACAAGGCGAUCAGUUUUGGAAAACUAUUGGUAACAUUAAUGAACCUGUUUGUUGUUCAUUUGUACCAGAAAAUCGUGUACGACUUGCUAAUUAUGCUCUUAGCCAUUAUGGUUCGAAUACUGGUGAUAUAGAUGUCUUUAGACUCUCACAACUGGGACCAUUUUUAACAUCGAGCCUAAGUGCAAAAGAUCUCCGACGUAUAACGACCGAUGGAUUAAUUAACAAACUUGCUUACUUUAAAUCGCCAUGUUUUCAACCAUCAAAAGAGCAAGCCCAAGCACUUGGUUCACGUUUAAAUGAUGCUUUAAGUGAAGUCGAUGACUCUUUAAAACCAAUGUAUCUUGAUUUAAUAGGCGAAUUAGCUGUAUAUUUACCUAAUGAUAUAGCAAGUUCAAAGAAAAUACUAGCAGGAAGAGCUAAUUUCCUUUCUAAAUCAAUAGAUAAAUUGAAUGUACGUGAUGAACGAUGUAAAUUACCUGAUACCGAUGGAUUUUUAUCUAAAGCCAAGAGUAGCAUGAAGAAGAAUUUGGUUAAUGCUUUUAUUAAUCAUUUGUCAAAUCGUCAAAGAAGACAAACGAAUCUGGAUAAGACAAGUUUAUCAUGUGAAAAUUUGCGAAAAAUUGGCUCAGCUGUCUCCGCAUUAUCACCUCAACAAAUUGACAGUAUAACAGCUGAUGAAUUAUAUCGAUGUAUCGAUCUAUUGGGUGCACAAACAGAUUAUGAGUCAGACAAUAUUAACAGAAUAGCUCAAAAAUACAUUCAAGCACUGACUGCCAAAAAUCGUCAUAUACAAUCCUUAAAUCAAAAUGAAAUAUACAAUUUGGGAGAAAUUUUAACUGGCUUCUCGCCGUCACAAUUGAACAUGUUGAAAAAUCAACAUUUCAAAGAUGCAAAUAUUUUAUCAACUGUUGGAAAUUUACAAAAUUGGAAUGCUGAACAACUCAACGUAUUGGCACGUCUUGCUACUGAUGAUGGGUCAAGAUUACCACAAAGUUUGCUCGAAAAUGGUGGAAAAAUUCUCUGCGGAAUUAAUGAUGACUUACUUCGCCGAAUACAAGCAGAAGAUGUCAAAUCAUAUUUAGUCAUAUUAGCCAAUAUUGAUUGUCCUACUGGUACUAAUUAUUCAAAUGUCAUGUUUAAUGUAUCAAAAGAUGCUUAUAAAAAUGAAAUUUAUCAGCCACAUAUCUUUGGUUCCUUGGGUACUAUUGCUGCUGGUCUAAAAUCGGCCGACAUUUCAUCUAUACCGAAAAACUUAUUAAAUUUUCUACCAAUUUCAGCUGUACAAAAAUUGCCCAUAGAUGUAAUGAAACACUUUACAAGCGAUCAAUUAGAAGGAUUAAAUAUCGAACAAAUUAAAGCAAUUCCAUCAAGUGUUUUUAGUGCAUUGGGAGCUGGACAAUUGAAAGUUUUGAAUAAAAUUUUAUUUCCAUUCAAAACAUCAGGUACAAUCAAAUUGACAAGUUCAACAUUCAUACUGUGGUUUUUAACAUUUAUAUCCAUUUUAUUCUUAUUCAACCAAAAUCGAAUGUAA